GAACUGUCGACGCAAAGCAUGAUCUCAGGGACCGUCAGAAUGAUGACGGCCCUCAUGAACGCCCUUUUGAUUGGUUUCGGCCUCGAUUUAGGGCACCGAAUGACCUUCUGGGAGAGUAAUGUUAGCUGGACGUCGACGGAAAACUGUAACCCAGUCUCUAUGUGGACCCAAAUUCCUCUCUUCAUCGCCACCGUGACCUGUUUCAACAUACUUAUGAAAGCAGCUCCGGUCCAAUGGCUGAGUAUGCUCAUUGUAGCCGCGAUUGGCUACGUCACCAUCAAUUUGGCGCCGACGGUGGGGGAAAUGACACCCGGGAGCAGCACGGUGCUGACCGCCUUUGUGUGUGGCGUGGCGGGGAAUCUGUACGCCUACGCGACGAACAGCCCUGCCUUGGUCCCUAUCUUGGCCGGGGUGUUUUUGAUCGUGCCAGGGGGAAUGAGCGUCAGGGGCGUGGAAAAAUGGCUGAAUGACGACCUGAAUGGCGGCUUGGAUUUUGGCAGUGGGAUGAUGCUGGUGGCCGUCUCCAUCUCCAUCGGUCUCUUUGCCUCCAGUGUCAUCAUGUACCGGCCCAAGUUGAAGAUUUCCAAUGCCGUCUUCUUCUAG